UCUCCGGAUCUUCCAACUUUUUUUCUCCCCCCAGCUGGAAGCUGCCGACGCGUGCCCGUGCCCGGCCGGAAUCCGGUCUCAAUCACGCCGCCCACCUCGCCGCUGUGCGCGCUCCCGCUUUUCCCGCAAAGCUUGCGAUCGAGCUGCGAGCGCUGUUCAGUACACGGCGACCCCAAAAAGGAAUAAAAGAACAGGAACUGGCUUUUAGGGGCAGAAAGCAAGAGAGGAGAGAAAGGUAAAGGGGCAAAAAAGAGAAGCAGUAUAUAGACAACCACUGGAACCGAGCAGACAACGGAGACCCCGCUGAGUACAGGAGUCUAACAUGAGCGUGUGCUGGCAAUCCGUAUCUGUCCUUAAGCUCAUACACUGAACGAUGUUUGGACCGCAUCGGAGACGAUCUGAAGGUUGAACUGGGCGUUGCAAGGACUGUUCAUCCCAUUUUGCGACGUUAUUGCUCAAGGACCGACCACGAAUCGCCCGCUAAAGCUGCAAUUUGUCGCAAAAUCAGAGGGGGAAAAAGCCGAACUUCAAGAACAAGCUGCCUUCAGCAAGACUGGGAAGCCUGUUUGAUUGGGAGGAAACUCGCAUGUCUCCAUCGCUGUACUGUAGAAGUACAUUAAGGCUACAGAAAGUGGGGGUCUGCAUUAAACAGUGCUCUUGUUGCAUAAUGCUUUGCGGGCGGCGGAGUUUACUUCUAGGGUACGUGAAGGAUUCAAUUGACAAGGAAAGACCAACAUAUUUCUGAUAUUUUUUCUUCAUUUUAAUAAUUCAAAGCACUUCUUCGAGGGUGCUGAGGAUACAAAUGGCAUGCGGAUUUGUUUUGUUGGCCAGUUCCACGAACAAUCCUACGUGUCUCUGAAUGAAUUUACUUUAUGAAUGAAUUUACUACUACAAAAGUAAAACUGUUGUGAGCAUGAAGAAGCGUUUAGUCCAGAUGCUUGUCGCUCUCUACAGCCUGUAAAAUAGCCUAAUCCAAAUCCUUCUGAAUCUGAACGAGACAUUUUGACGCGGAAAAAAGAAACUUCAGCGCAGAUGAGGAGUAGAAGGCAAAGGAAACACAAAAAGUGAUAGUUGUGUAUUUGCCCACAUUUUUAAACACCAGAAACAAGUGUUGAAGUUCGUAUAAGGAUUGAAUAAAAAAUCGGCAUCGUCGGUUAGCUGGUUUCACUGCCUGACUUGCGUGCUGGACGGUGGAGACGGAUCUUGGCUGUCAGGACGCCGACCACGCCGGUGCGCCCUGAACGCCCGCCUGUCUAUCGGACUCCGUGUGCGUUUCCCAAGGCCGACAUGGAGGAGUGGAGACAAUGCGGACGGUGGCUUAUAGACUGCAAGGUCCUGCCUCCCAGCCACCGGGUCGUAUGGCCGUCAGCCGCCGUGUUCGACCUGGCCCAGGCGCUCAGGGAUGGGGUGCUCCUCUGUCAAAUGCUCCACAAUCUCUCGCCCGGAUCAGUGGACCUUAAGGAGAUCAACUUCCGUCCGCAGAUGUCACAGUUUCUGUGCCUGAAGAACAUCCGGACGUUCCUCAAGGUGUGCCACGACAAGUUUGGAAUGCGCAACAGCGAGCUCUUCGACCCCUUCGACCUUUUCGAUGUGCGGGAUUUUGGGAAGGUUAUUUCUGCGCUGUCUAGGAUCUCACAUCACAGCAUCGCGCAGAAUAAAGGGAUCAGGUCCUUUCCAUCAGAGGACACCACGCUGAACGAGGACGAUGUGUACCGAAGCCUGGAGGAGCUGGCGGACGAGCACGACGUCGGGGAGGAUGACAUCUACGACUGCGUGCCGUGUGAUGAAGAUGGGGACGAUAUCUACGAGGACAUCAUCAAGGUGGAAGUGCGGCAGCCCAUGAUAAGGUACAUGCAGAAGAUGGGCAUGUCAGAAGAGGACAAACGAAACUGCUGUUUGGUGGAAAUUCGCGAAACGGAAGCAAAGUAUUACAAGACACUGGAAGAUAUUGAGAAGAAUUAUAUGAUUCCACUGAAGCAAGUCUUAAGUCCACAAGAUAUGGAAGCCAUUUUUGUUAACCUGGAGGAUGUGAUCAAAGUACAUUUCUCCUUACUGAGGACCAUCGAAACGAACAUUCUGGCAGGAGGAAAUGGCUUGGGUCAGAUCUUCUUGGACUUCAAGGAGAGGCUCCUAAUCUACGGCCAGUACUGCAGCCACAUGGAGAACGCACAGAAGACUCUCGAUGAGCUCAUCGCCACGCGGGAGGAUGUCAGGGUGAAAGUGGAGGAAUGCACUAUGAAGGUUCAGGAAGGGAAAUUCAAGCUGCAAGAUCUGCUGGUGGUGCCCAUGCAGAGGGUUCUCAAGUACCACCUCCUGCUGAAGGAGCUGUUGAGUCAUUCUGCGGACAGGCCGGAGAGGCAGCAGUUGAAGGAGGCACUGGAGGCCAUGCAGGACCUGGCCAUGUACAUAAACGAGGUGAAAAGGGACAAUGAGACUUUGAAGAAGAUCAGUGAAUUUCAGAGUUCCAUAGAAAAUUUACAAGUGAAACUGGAGGAGUAUGGAAGACCGAAGAUAGAUGGGGAGCUGAAGGUCUGCUCCGUGGUGAAUCGAACCAAGCAAGAUAGGUAUAUUUUCCUGUUUGAUAAAGUGGUCAUCGUCUGCAAGCGAAGAGGGUACAGCUACGAGCUGAAGGAGAUCAUCGAGCUGCAGUCGUACAAAAUGUCCGACGACCCCAUGAACAACAGAGACAUGAAGAAGUCAAGUGGAAAGAUGUGGUCCUACGGGUUCUACCUGAUCCACCUGCAGGGGAAACAAGGCUUCCAGUUCUUCUGUAAAACGGAGGACACCAAGAGGAAGUGGAUGGAGCAGUUUGAGAUGGCUAUAUCCAACAUAAAGCCAGAACGAGCAACCGCCAACCAGCACAACUUCCAGAUGCACACGUUUGAGAAGAACACCAACUGCAGAGCCUGCAAGAUGCUAUUAAGGGGUAUCUUCUACCAAGGGUACUACUGUUCCAGGUGCGGGACUGGUGCUCACAAGGAGUGUCUGGAGGUCAUCACCAUCUGUAGAAUUAAUCCUCUUGAUUCGGAACCUGGACCACUGGCAUCAGGUCCAAAGAUGGUGGCGGUUCGGAAUUACCAUGGGAUUCCCGCCCCUCCAGGAAAGUUGCCGCUGUCUUUCCAGUCGGGUGAUGUCAUCGAGCUGCUGAAGGGUGACCCCGAUACCUCAUGGUGGGAGGGAAGACUGAUCCAGAAUCAGAAGAGCGGCCUUUUUCCCAGCUCCUUUGUGAAGCCGUGUCUUGAUCCAAAGCCUUUCCAGCCUCUUCCCAACCGGCAGUCAUCCAGGGAAACUGAUUACAACGUUUACCCAUGGUUCGCGGGGAACAUGGAGCGACAGCAGGCCGACAACCUGCUGAAGUCCCACAGCAGUGGCACCUACCUGAUCCGCGAGCGGACAGCCGAAGCGGAGAGGUUUGCCAUCAGCAUUAAGUUCAAUGACGAGGUGAAGCACAUAAAAGUCAUAGAGAAAGACAAUUGGAUCCACAUCACUGAAGCAAAGAAGUUCGAAAGUCUCCUGGAGCUGGUGGAGUACUAUCAGACCCACUCUCUGAAGGAGAGCUUCAAGCUGCUAGACACCACGUUACGGUACCCCUACAAGUCCCGGGAGCGCUCUGUAUCUCGAGCCAGCGCCCGCUCUCCAGCUCCCAGUGCUUCCUACAACUUCUCUUUCCUCAGUCCUCAGGGCCUCAACUUCUCCUCCUCUGCCGCCCCCUUCUGGUCAGUGUUCACGCCGAGAGUGGUCAGCACAGCAGUUGCCCGGUACAACUUCGCCGCCCGUGACAUGAGGGAGUUGUCCCUGAGGGAAGGUGACGUUGUCAAGAUCUACAGCAAGAUCGGGGGUGACCAGGGCUGGUGGAAAGGCGAGGUGAACGGCAGGAUCGGCUGGUUUCCCUCCACAUAUGUGGACGAAGAAGGAGUGCAGUGAUUGGAGAAGAGGUUCUGACAUCAUCUCUCAAUCGCCAACCAAAAGAGAUUCCUUUUAUAGCCCUCUGAGAGGACUCUUAAGUUUCCUUGGAAACCGCCUGUUGAACAUUAUGCUGGAAUCUCGCCUCAGCUGAUUUUUUUCAGUGACCGUUUGUACUAAUGUUUUUGUUUUUCCCCGCGUGUGUGCGUAUGAAUCUGCUUCGUGUUUCAAAACGUCUUGUUCGAUUUCCUUGGCGGUGAUCUAGUGGUUUUAUUGCUGAGAGCAGUAAGAUGCCACAUUUCGGGCGGAGAAACCGGCUUUGUGGUGAAAAAGCAGCUUAAUGUCACUUUGUUGUACAGUAAUAGCCUGUGUGUUAAAUGCAGGUCAUUGGGGAGUGGGUAAUAUAAAAAAGUAGAAAUAAUUUAUUUUAACAAUGGACCAAUAUAAAUGAAUGAUUUUCAGAGUUGAUGCUAAUCAAUGGCUACAUAUGAGAGCAGGGAGAGAAUUAGGACAGUAUUGGAGAAACUACCUUAGCUGUCAUGGUAAAGCGGUACUCCGAUAGCUUAAAGGGUACGUAGGCGUGUCUUUUUACCUUGUUUGGGGUUUAGCUGCCCUCUCCAAAUACCUGGUGCCUUGAAACGGGUGGUCACCAGCCGCAAAAAAAAACCUGCACGUGGUUUCCCUCUGUUGCCAGAAUCACCGGAGUGUUUAGGAGCUGGUCUGACAACAGGAGUACUGAUGUGCUCUUUCCGCACGACCCUCUGGGACCAGAACAUGCAGAGAAGCCGAGCUGAGGGGGGGGGGGGGGGGGAGCCAUCUGUUCACCUGUGAAACUCACCCCCUCCCCCCAACCCCGGCCUGAUGGUGCUCCCCAUCUGCUCAUUUAGGGUAAACUAAACACAGCCAUUGAGGUUCAGAGGAUCAUCUUUGUGUCACACUUGUAACAAAAACUGCACUCUGCCUCUCGUCUUUCAUUAUGCUGUUUUAUGCAUCUGAACGUUUUACCCAUAAGCCCUGACCUCCUGAGUCCCGUGGCUCGGUUAUAAAGGGGGUGUCCCCACAGUGUAUAUUUUGGGAGUUUGGCUGUGAGGAAUUCGCUCCAGGUUGUAGGCCAACCGCUCUAGAAUUAAUUUCAUCGAUGGUGUCAGUGCACUUUAAAACAAUUUGUCAAAAUGGAUGAUAAAAGGGAAACUGAUUUCAGAGCUGGUACUGUGUACUUACCCAGAUACAGGAGGAUGCACUCCUCAGAGAGAGUAGGUUUCAUUUCAAGGUGUCAAAUCAGCAUUGUCAGCCGUCAAAUCAGGAUUAUCAGCCGUAAAAUCAGCAUCAUCAGCCGUCAAAUUAGCAUUGUCAGCCGUCAAAUCAGGAUUAUCAGCCGUCAAAUCAGCAUUGUCAGCCGUCAAAUCAGGAUUAUCAGCCGUAAAAUCAGCAUUAUCAGCCGUCAAAUCAGGAUUAUCAGCCGUCAAAUCAGGAUUAUCAGUCAUCGGCAUUCGUUUUUCUCUUUCCCUACCCGAUCCUUACGACUGAUCAGCAGGUGCUUGAAUUUCUUAUUAAAAACAGCUGACCACUUCUUCUGGUACUGGGUGAUAACUGCCAUUGUUGGAGGCACAGUCCAUCAAGGAUACUGUGCAAAAAGCUACCCUAUAAAAGGCCAAAUAAGGACACAAACACUGGACGCCUAUAAAGCGAUAUGUAGGUUUGAUCUUUCCGGUAUCAAUAGGAAAUAUAUAAUUGCAUUAUGCAUCUAGCUCAAUGUUUCCCAAUCCGGUCCUCAGGGACACACAGUCGGUUCGUGUUUUUGCUCCCUCCGAGCUCCCUGCCAGACAGUCCAUGUUUGUGCUCCCUGGUAGGGACUGCUUGUCUUGUGGGUCCCCGAGGGCCAGAUUGGGAAACACUGGUCUAGCUAAUGGACAUUGGAAAAUCUCAGAAAUAGUACUGUUCUAAUGGGAGCAACAAUAUAUUUAAGAAUGAAAAAAGCAGAACUUGCUUUCAACAAAAUGAGAUUUUUACAGACUAAACAUUACAGGAGAACAGCCUUUCCAGUGUGAUGCUACGUGGAAGACUUCUGCAGUACAUUGUAUGGUCAGUCACUAGUGACAACUGUCCAGCUCUAGCAGUGAAACUGUGCCAGUGGUUUUCCAAACACUGACCACACUGGUCUUGGUUGUGGAGCAAAGGCACAGCCUGACAAAGGGGUAAGUCACUGUUUGUGUAUGAGGGAGAACCCACUGCAUGUGGUCAUCGAUAUUCCAGCUCUACAAGACAUGUUGUGUACUUCUUUUGAAUGGUCGACGAUUUCCAAAUACAGUCUAUCGAAUAAACAUUUCUCCUUUUGCCUAA